GACAGAAACUCGCAACGCAAUGGGCGGCCACGUCGGGCCCGCCGACUCCGUCCGGCCAACGCGCGCGCGUUUACUCCGCUCCGCUAGUGAACGUUACCCGGCGUUGCGCGGGUCCUCUCGCAUCACCGUACGACGAAAGCCACCAGCGACCGUUCCCUCCUUCUCCUCCUUCACCACCUCCGCCUCCUCCUCGCCGCCCGCUCUCGCUGCUGACCGUGUCGUUGCGACGCUGUACGGGACGUACGACGUACGGAUGCCGUGCCGUGCCGUGCCGUACCGUGCCGUGGCCGUCCAGCGGCGCCGCGCUCCUCCGCUCGCGAGUCGCGAUGAGCCGCUUCUUGCUUGCAAUACUUGCGACAGGAGUCAGCAGUCACGACUCGCGUUUCGUUUCUACUCGGUUGCCACUGUCGCGCCGCGUUACGAACAUCGAUGGAAACCGACGGCAUGCUUUCUCAUCUAUAAAACUAGAAUUUUAUUCUUAAAAUCGACGCGAAUCGUCUGAAGUGAGCUUCAGAGCUCCGCACGAGAAUCGAACGUCGAAUCGCGAUUUGAAAAUCUUAAGAUGGCGCAGCCCUGUUUAUCGUUAUCGUGUUUCUCUGUCAGCUGCAGCAGCUGCAGUCAGUUGAGCAUUCCACCACGAUAUAUAAACGCAUAAUUUUACCUAAAUGUAUUUUCACUGAAAUCACGUUAUCGGAGAAUAGCAGAGAAUUCGCAGAAAAGUCGUUCAAGUUGCAUCGGCAUUGCGUUUAUUACUCGAGAGAACGAUCCUGACUUUUCGAGAUGAAGGUGACGAUAAAGA